CCUUUAAUUUAUUUUAUGUUAUACCCUAAUGUUAUCUCUCAUCAUACUAUAAAACAACACAGCUCUUUUCUUUAACAAGCUAGCUAGAUUGUAAUGGCCAUGGCCUCAGUAUCUCCUCAAAACAGCGUGCCUAAGGUCCCUGUUUCUCUUUUGUUUUGUAUGUUCUUAGUGUUUUUGUCGACCCAUGUUUCGGCACAAUCAUCUCCUGUUUUUGCAUGUGAUGUUGUGAGCAAUCCAUCUUUGGCAAGUUUAGGGUUUUGUAACACGUCUUUAGGGAUCAAUGACAGAGUUGUGGACCUGGUAAAAAGACUCACAUUGCAAGAAAAGAUAGUGUUCUUGGUGAAUAGCGCAGGGAAUGUGAGCAGACUUGGUAUACCAAAGUACGAGUGGUGGUCUGAGGCUUUACAUGGAGUCUCCUACGUGGGUCCAGGCACACAUUUCUCUGACGAUGUAGCUGGAGCUACCAGCUUCCCUCAGGUCAUCCUCACCGCUGCGUCCUUUAACACCUCUCUCUUUGAAGCCAUUGGAAAGGUUGUUUCAACGGAAGCAAGAGCAAUGUACAACGUGGGAUUGGCAGGAUUGACAUUUUGGUCACCAAAUAUAAACAUAUUUCGAGACCCCAGAUGGGGGAGAGGCCAGGAAACUCCAGGGGAGGACCCGUUGCUCUCAAGCAAGUAUGGAUCAUGUUAUGUUAAAGGACUGCAACAAAGAGAUGAUGGCGACCCAGAUAAACUUAAGGUUGCUGCUUGCUGUAAACAUUACACCGCCUAUGAUUUGGAUAACUGGAAAGGGAGUGAUCGUUACCAUUUCAAUGCUGUGGUGACAAAGCAAGAUAUGGAUGAUACGUUUCAACCACCAUUCAAAAGUUGUGUGAUUGAUGGGAAUGUUGCUAGUGUUAUGUGUUCUUACAACCAGGUUAACGGUAAACCUACCUGUGCUGACCCAGACCUCCUCUCUGGUGUCAUCAGAGGGGAAUGGAACUUGAAUGGAUAUAUUGUUACUGACUGUGAUUCAUUAGAUGUGUUCUAUAACUCCCAAAAUUAUACCAAAACACCAGAAGAAGCUGCAGCUGCUGCUAUAUUGGCAGGAGUGGACCUCAACUGUGGAUCUUUCUUGGGCCAACACACUGAAGCAGCAGUAAAGGGAGGACUUGUGAAUGAGCAUGCCAUUGAUAUAGCAGUCUCAAACAAUUUUGCCACUUUGAUGCGGCUUGGAUUCUUCGAUGGUGAUCCCAGCAAACAACUUUAUGGUAAGCUAGGACCAAAAGAUGUAUGUACAGCAGAGAAUCAGGAGCUGGCCCGUGAAGCUGCCAGGCAAGGAAUUGUGUUGCUUAAGAACACUGCAGGAUCACUGCCUCUAUCUCCCACAGCCAUAAAAAACUUGGCAGUAAUUGGACCAAAUGCCAAUGUCACUAAAACGAUGAUCGGAAACUAUGAAGGUGCCCCCUGCAAGUAUACGACCCCUUUACAAGGACUAGCAGCUUCUGUUGCAACAACAUAUCUAUCUGGCUGCUCAAACGUAGCAUGCAGCACUGCUCAAGUAGAUGAUGCCAAGAAACUAGCAGCCGCAGCUGAUGCCACGGUGCUUGUAAUGGGUGCCGAUCUAUCUAUAGAAGCAGAGAGUCGUGACAGGGUGGACGUUCUUCUUCCAGGACAGCAGCAACUUUUGAUAACAGCAGUUGCAAAUGUUUCAUGUGGACCUGUAAUUCUUGUUAUAAUGUCUGGAGGGGGCAUGGACGUAUCGUUCGCAAGAACUAAUGACAAAAUCACAAGUAUCCUAUGGGUUGGCUACCCUGGACAAGCAGGUGGAGCUGCCAUAGCUGAUAUUAUUUUUGGCUACUAUAAUCCAAGUGGAAGACUACCGAUGACAUGGUAUCCACAAUCAUAUGUUGACAAAGUACCAAUGACAAAUAUGAACAUGAGGCCAGAUCCUUCCAAUGGCUACCCUGGCAGAACCUACAGGUUCUACACAGGAGAAACUGUUUACUCAUUUGGAGAUGGACUAAGCUAUUCCCAAUUCACCCACGAGCUAAUCCAGGCGCCUCGACUAGUAUCUGUUCCUUUAGAGGAGAGUCAUGUCUGUCACUCUUCAGAAUGCCAAUCAGUUGUUGCCUCUGAACAGACCUGUCAGAACUCAACAUUUGAUAUGCAUCUGAGAGUUAAGAAUGUGGGAACAAUAAGUGGAAGCCAUACAGUUUUGCUGUUCUCUAGUCCCCCAGCAGUGCACAACUCACCACAGAUGCAUUUGGUGGGGUUUGAGAAGGUCUUCUUGAAUGCACAAACAGGUAGACAUGUGAGAUUUAAGGUGGAUAUUUGCAAGGAUUUGAGCGUGGUUGAUGAGCUAGGAAGCAAGAAGGUUGCCUUGGGAGAACACGUUCUUCAUGUUGGAAGCUUGAAACACUUCUUGUCUGUAAGGAUUUGAAAGGGCUUUCAAGUUCUUGCAUAUUUUUUAUUUUUUAUUUUUUUUUAUUUUAUUUUUUUGUAUCCCUUCUCGACUUUCAGAAAGGCAUUUUUCAUAAAGGAACCAUUGACCUAUGAAAAGGUUGAGAGGUUAUGACAAAUUUACUC